UUCGUGCUGAGGGAGAACAGCAGCAGCAGCAGUAUCAGUAUCAGAGUGCGUGAAACUGUCACCACCCGCCACCGAAUCGUGAGUCAACGUUUGCCUCGACGGGUAUAGCCCAGACUCCGGCGUAACCAUGGUGGCAGGCGUUCCAAGCGCUGGAGGGAAGGCCCCGGCGGUGAAUGUGGCGCCCGCAGCUGCCCCUGUCAGGGUGACCCCCGCUGUGAUCCCUGCUGUGACCAAGGCGCCUGUCUAUGCCGACCCGCGGAGCGCAGAACCUUCCAAGAUGUACAGCGACGUGCAGGUGCUUAUGAUGGAACAGACCGGCGAUAUGGCCGAGCUGGGCUCGUAUAGUUUUUUUAACAUUUGCUGCAACCUGUUCAUGGGCGCGUGCAUCGGUGCCACGACCGUGCUCCUGGUCAUGUUCUUCUUCACCGAUUGCCGCUUCGUGAUGAAGAAGCACGUCGAGAAGAACAAGUCGCGCGCCGGGAUCGAAGAGUUGGACCGAGCCACCCAUCUCGACCUCGCCGCCACCACGCUCACGGUGUUGGCGCUGGAGGACACGAGCGAGCUGACGUCCAGCGGAGUAGAAAGCUCUUCUCCGGAGGAGGCAAGCUCGUCGAUAACUAGCGAGGACGCCGUGACGAAUGGCAUUCGGAAGCGGCCGACUACGAAGCACGUGGCCAAACCAGGGCCUGCCACGAGUCCCGACCGCUGAGUGCGCGAGGAGCAGCGGCGCCGAGCUGGGCUACGCGUAUUGUAAAUAAAAAUUGACCGCAAUGCCUGCGAAGCUGCGGUGUGGCCGUACAUAGGGACAAUAUCUAGCGAAUAAUAAAAUUCAU